AUGGCGAUUCCAGGUCAGCCCCAUAACACGGCCGAUUUCCAGUCAGCCCACAGAACAAGGCGAUUCCCAGUCAAGCCCACAAACAAGGCAUUCCCAGUCAGCCCACAAAUACACUCAGGCGAUUCCCCAGUACAGCCACAACAAGAGCUACGAUCUCCUAGCUCCUACGGUCACCACAACAAGUCCGUAAAGCAUUCCCACAGUCGCAGCCCACAAACAAGUGCGAAUUCCCACGUCAGCCUCCACCACAACAAGGCGAUUCCGCAGGCCACGCCCACAUCCCAUAGCACACGGCGAUUCCCCAGUCAGCCCACACCUACACAAGGCUCGAUUUCCCAGCUGCACUUCUCCCCAGUCAGCCCACCAAACAAGCGUCGAUUUCCAGUCAGCCCACAAACAGGCGAAUUUCCCAGUAGCCCACAAACAAGGCGAUUCCUCCAGGUCAGCCCACAAACAAGUCGCGAUCUCCCAGUCACCCACAAACAGGUCUCGUGCAGGAAGAAUAUAUCCUCAGUAAGCCACAAACAAGGCGAUUUCCACUCAGUCAGCCAAACACGGCGAUUCCUAGUACACCACAAUCAAGGCGAUCCCACGCAGUCAGCCCACAAAGUCAAGGCGAUUUCCACGUCAGCCCACAAACAAGGCGAUUCCCAGUCUCAGAUCCCCACAAACAAGAAGAGGCGAUUCCCCAGUUCAGCCACAAACAAGGCGAUUCCCAGUUCCAGCCCACAAACAAGGCGAUUCCAGGUCAGCCCACAAACAAGGCGAUUUCCAGUCAGCCACAAACAAGGCGAUUCCCAGUCAGCCCACAACAAGGCGAUUCCCAGUCAGCCCACACAAACAAGGCGAUUCCAGUCAGCCCACAAACAAGGCCGAUUCCCAGUCAGUCCACAAACAAGGCGAUUUCCCACAGCCCAAAAACAAAGGCGAUUCCCAGGUCAGCCCACAAACAAGGCGAUUCCCAGGUCAGCCCACAAACAAGGCGAUUCCCAGUCAGCCCACAAAACAAGGCGAUUCCCAGUUCAGCCCACAAACAAGGCGAUUCCCAGUCAGCCCACAACACAAGCCGAUUCCCCAGAAUUUCCCAGUCAGCACACAAACAAGCAUCCCCAGGUCACCCAGGCCGGCGAUCCAAGUCAGCCCACAAACAAGGCGAUUCCCAGUCAGCCCACACAAACAAGGCGAUUCUCUCAGCCAGUCCAUCCAUCAACAAACCAGGCCGAUUCCAGUCAGCCCACAAACAAGGCGACUUCCUCCCCAGUCCAGCCCACAUCAUCACAAGGCGAUUCCCAGUCAGCCCACAAACAAGGCGAUUCCCAGGUCAGCCCACAAACAAGGCGAUUCCCCAGCAGUCCCAGGCGAUUCCCAGUCAGCCCACAAACAAGGCGGUUCCCAGGAUCAGCCCACAAACAAGGCGAUCCCAGUCAGCCACAAAAACAAGGCGUCAAGUUUUCCCCACAAACAAUGCGAUUCCCAGUUCCCAGCCCACAAUCACACAGGCGAUUCCCAGUCAGCCACAAACAAGGCGAUCCCAGUCAGCCCACAAACAAGGCGAUUCCCAGUCAGCCCACAAACAAGGCGAUUCCCAGGUCAGCCCACAAACAAGGCGAUUCCCAGUCAGCCCACAAACAAGGCGAUUCCAGUCAGCCCACAAACAAGGCGAUUCCCAGUCAGCCCACAAACAAGGCGAUUCCCAGGUCAGCCCACAAACAAGGCGAUUCCCCAGUCAAGCCCACAAACAAUGGCGAUUCCCAGUCAGUCCCCACAAACAAAAGGCGACUUCCCAGUCCUCACAGCCCACAAACAAGGUCGAUUCCCAGGUCAGCCACAAACAAAGUGCGCGUUCGCCCUCAGGUCUCAAUCACCACACAAACAAGGCGAUUCUCAGCUCUCAGCACCCAAAUCACAGGCUGUAUCUUUCCCAGUCCAUGCUCUCUCUCUCCCCACAAACAAGGCUACUCUCCUCUCAAGGUCAGUCCUCUCCUCAACAAUACCAAGGCGUGCGAUCUUCUCAUGCGUCAGGCCCACAAACCAAGGCCGAUUCUCAGUCAGUCCCACAAACAAGGUCGACUUCCUUCCCAGUCCAGCCCACAAAUCAACGGCGAUCCAGUUCAUGCCACACAAGGCGAUUCCCCAGUCUCAGCCCCAUCAAACAACGCCCGUUCCCAGUCAGUCCCCAACAAGGCGUUCCCAGCAAGCCGAUCAACGAAGUCGCUCGAUCUCCCAGUUCAGCCCCUCAGCAAACAUUCCUAUUAUAAGGCGCGGUCUUCACUCAGUCCAGCCCACAAACAAGGGCGAUUCGCCAGGUCAGCCCACAAACAAAGAUGCGCAUUCCCCAGUCAGUCCGCCCACAACAAGGCUAUUUCCCCAGGUCUAGCCCCUCACAAUACAAGGCAUCCAGGUCAGCGCCACAACACAAGGCGCAUCCCAGGUCAGCCCACUCACAACACAGGUGCGAUUUCCAGGUCAAGCCCCACUAACAAGGCGAAUUCCCAGUCAGCCCACAAACAAGGCGAUUCCCAUCAGCCCCCAACAAACAAGGCGAUUCCAGGUCAGCCCACAAACAAGCGCGAUUCCACAGUCAGCCCCACAAACAAGGCGAUUCCAGGUUUCAGCCCAUCACAAACCAAGGCGAUUCCCAGGUCAGCCCACAAAUCAAGUCGUCCUGAUCUCCUAUCAGCCCACAAAACAAGGCGAUUCCCAGUCAACACCACAAUCAACAAGAGCGAUUACCCAGAUCAGCCCACACAACAAGGCGAUUUCCUCAGACCACGCCCACAAACAGUCCUCAGCCCACAAACAAGGCGGUCUCCCAAGGUUCAGCCACUAAGACAAGGCGUAUCCAGUCAGCCCAAACACAAGGCGGUUCCCAGGUCAGCCACAUUAAACAAGGCGAUUACCUCCCAGUCAGCCCCACAAUACAAGGCGAUUCCCAGUUCAGCCCACAAACACACGCGAAUUCCUCAGUUCAAGAAACUCCACAAACAAGGCGAUUUCCAGGUCAGCACCACAAACAAAGUGCGUAACUUCCCAGGUCAGCCCACCAAACAAGGGCGAUUCCCAGUCCCAGCCCACAACAAGGCGAUUUUUUCAGUCAGUCCUCCACAAACAAGGCGAUUCCCAGUCAGUCCCCACAAAUCACAGGCGGUUCCAGGUCAGCCCAACAACAAGGCGAUUCCAGUAUCAGCCCACAAACAAGUGCGGCUUCCCAGGUCACCCAGAAAACUAUCAGUCGUCUGCAUUCCCAGUCAGCCCCAAUCAAAGGCGCACUUCCCAUGCAGCCCAAAACAAGGCGAUUCCCAGUCAGUCCUCACCCACAAACCAAGGCGAUUCCCAGUCAGCCCAACAAACAAGGCGAUUUCCAGUCAGUCCAUCAAACACAGGCGUAUUCCCAGGUCAGCCCCACAAUCACAGGGCGAUUCCCAAGGUCAGCCCACAAACAAGCGCGAUUCCAGUCAGCUCACAAACUCAAGUGCGACUCUCCAGUCCAGCCACAAACAAGGCGAUUCACAGUCAGUCCCCACAGAAAGGCGAUUCCCAGUUCAGCCCCACAAACAAGGCGAUUCUCCAAGUCAGCCCAACAAACAAGGCGAUUCCCCAAGUCAGCCGCACAAACAAGAGCGGAUUCCCAAGUCAAGCCCACAAACAAGCGCCGAGUCCCCAAGUUCAGCACCUACCAAACAAGGCGAUUCCCAAGUCAGCCCAAACAAUCAAUGGAGGCGAUUUCCCAGUUCCAGCCCACAAACACAGUGCGAUUCCCAGUCCAGCAACCAAAAUCAAGCGAUUCACCAGCGUCAAGCCACCAACAAAUCAUCACAGUGCCUGCAUAUAUCUGUCCAGGUCUCUCUCUACGUGUGCACUCCUAACAAGGCGUACUCCCAAGUCAUCAGCCCACAAGCAAAGGUCACGAUUCGCCACAGUACAGCCCACACAAGGCUGAUUCCCAGUCAGCCCACAAACACAGUCGUCCUCGACUCUCUCCAUCAGUCAGGCUCCCACUCACACACUACUCUAAGCGCCCUGCAUUUCCCCAGUCCAGGCCACAACAGAAACAUAAGCGGCGAUUUCCCAAGUCAGGCCCAUCAAACAAGGGCGAUUUCCCAAGUCAGCCCCACAAACAAGGCUGACUCUUCCCGAAGGUCAAGCCGCCCUAUCCCACACACCAUCGCGACUCUCGCCCACCGUCACGCGUCUUUCUCUCUCUCCACAAACCAAGGCGAUUCGCCUCAGCUCAACCACGCCUCUCCCCACAAACACAAGGCGACUUCCCUCCAGCUCAGCCAGCAGAACAGAGUCGCGAUUCCUAUGAUUCAGCGUCCCACAACUACUAACGAGAGGAGCGGAUUCGCCAAGAUAUCAAGAUCUUCCCUCAUCAUACCAAGCGCUCGCGAUUCCCCAGUCAGCCCACUCAAAUACAGAUGGGCGAAUUCCAGGUCAGCCCGAACAAACAAGGCGAUUCCCGAGGUCAGCGCCACAACAAGGCGAUUUCCCAGUCAGCUCCAAACAAGCGCGAUUCCCAAGUCAGCCCACACACACCACCAACGUGCGAUUUCCUCACUCAGCACAAAACCCACGGGAUUCCCAGUCAGGUCCCAUCAAAACAAGGCGAAAUUCACCAGAGUCAGCCCAACAUAUGCACACAGGCCGGUUCCCUCUAGGUCAGGCCCACAAACGAAGGCGAUUUCAUUCCAAGUCAUAGUCUUCCACAAUACCUCCAAGGCGAAUUCCCGGUCAGCCACAACCAAAGGCGAUUCCCAGGUCGCCCACAAACAGAUGAGCGAUUCCCAGUCGAGCCCACACAAAAGGCGAUUCCCAGUUCAGCCCCAUAACAAGUGCCGGAUUAUUCCCUCUCAUGCUCAGCCCACAAACAAGGCGAUUCCCAGUCACCCACAAACAAGGGCGCAUUCCCAAGUUCAGCCCCACAAAACAAGGCGAUUUCCCAGGUCAGCCGACCACAACCAAGUUAUGGUUCAUCGCAUUUCGGCCAAGUUCACGCCCUCACAAUCAACGGCGAUUAUCUCAUCUUCACAGAACAGCCCGGCGAUUCUUCCCAGGGUCCACGCCACAAAACAAAGGCGCAAUUACACCAGGUCACCACAAACAUAUGGCGCAUUCGCAGUCCACAGCCCCACAAACAAGGCCGAUUCCCAGUCAGCCACACAAAACAAAAGGCGAUUUCCCAGGUCAGCCCACAACAAGGCGAUUCCCAGUCAGCGCCACAAACAAAGGCGAUUACCCAUGUCCAGGCCCAACAAACAAAAGGCGAUUCCACAGUCAGCCCACAAACAAGAGCGGAUUCCUAGUCAGUCCUCACAAACAAGGCGAUUCACCAUUCAGCUCCGUCACAAACAUAGGCAGAUUUCCGACGUCCGCCCACCAAACUCAAGGCCGAUUCCCUAG